CUAUCAGUCAGUGACCUACAGAAAGACUUUGAUUGGCACCAGCAAAUGUCUAGAAAUUCCUGGAUAUUUAUUUUUAAAUAUUCUAAACCAUGGGUGGUGACUGCACAGCAAAAACAGAUUAGGUGUUGAAAAUCUAAAAACUGAAACUUCGCAUGAAUAGAUUCCGCAUAUCAACGUAAAGUGCGCCGUAUUUGAAUCUACCUGCCACUGAUGUCUGUGGUCAUCUCAACACUCUUAGUUUUGUUGGGUAGUUUCUGCCCAUGUUUAGGUAGUAAAAACAGACCAAGAGAUUCGGAUGAAAUUCUGUAUUUACCAGGAGCUUGGCCACAACCGAGUUUCAAGCAGUACUCUGGAUAUCUUCGUGGGUCAUCUGAUAAGAUCCAUAUUCAUUACUGGCUUGUCGAAGCUACUUCGUCACCGAAGUCAGCUCCCUUAAUUGUGUGGUUGAACGGCGGACCAGGAUGCUCUUCUUUGGAAGGUUUACUUACUGAGAAUGGUCCUUACCUCCUCCAGGAAGGACCUCGUCUCGUGGAAAAUCCAUACUCCUGGAAUAAAGUUGCUAAUGUUUUAUACCUAGAGGCACCGGCUGGUGUAGGAUUCUCUUAUUCUUCUGAUCCUUCUCAAGUAUGGGAUGAUGAUCGAACUGCUUCAGACAAUUAUCAUGCAUUGCUUCAUUUCCUGGAAAAAUUCCCUGAAUAUGAAGGACGUCGUCUAUUUGUUACUGGUGAAAGUUAUGCCGGUGUUUAUGUGCCAACAUUAGGUCUACUUCUUUUGAAUUCAACAAGAUUCGACUUUAAGGCCAUUGCUGUCGGGAAUGGAUUGACAAAUUACCGAUUCAAUGAUAAUUCUCUUUUGUAUUUUAUCAAUUAUCAUGGUUUGAUUGAUGAAACUUCAUGGAAUGAUCUAAUUAAUAAAUGCUGCAAAGAUAAAUGUUCAACCGUUUGUAUGUUCACCGAUAGUGAAUCACUCGAAUGUCAACGGAUUGUUAUUCAACUAUAUGAAACUGCUGUGAAGGGAUUAAAUGUAUAUAAUUUAUAUUCUGAAUGUGCUGGUGGUGUUCAAAUAUCAUCUUUCAAUCAAAAUCGUCCAUCAAUGUCUAUCACUGAAUUGUCUUCCAUUUUGACAUCGUCUAAACAAUUUAUUCAUCAUGAUUUCGGUAAUCUGUUUCGUGAUAAUGUUUAUAUGAAAUAUCGCCGUUAUGCUAAUUCUUUACUACGUCAUAAUCGAACUACUCGUUUAACUAUACCAUGUGAAAACAGUACAUUAAUUUAUAGUUAUUUAAAUUCACCAAUAGUACGUCGAUUUAUCAAUGUCAGACUUGAUUUACCAAAAGAAUGGGAUGUUUGCAGUGAAACAGUUAAUACCAAUUAUGUUCGAAUUUAUGGUGAUCUUACAGAGCAGUAUAUGCAGUUACUGAAAUCUGAGAUUUUUGUUUUAAUAUACAAUGGUGACAUUGAUAUGGCAUGUAAUUAUUUUGGCGAUGAAUGGUUUGUGGAUAAUUUAAAUCUGACGAUCAUAUCUCCCCGUUCACCUUGGUUAUAUGUUGAAAAAGAUGGUACCAAACAGAUCGGCGGAUAUUGGAAAUUGUUAUCAGCCAAUGUAUCGACUUUGGUGUAUACGACUGUUCGAGGUGCAGGACAUAUGGUGCCACGAGAUAAACCUGCUGCAACAUUUCACAUGAUUAGUAGGCUCAUUCACUUCGAACCUUUUUAAUAUGUAAAGGAUUCUAAUAGGAAACUUGAACAGCCGACUAUCUCCCUACUUAUAUUUUUGAUUCUGAUUAUUUUGUCAUAAGACACUACUGUUUUUUGCUCCUUACCAUUGUGGUAUUUGUAGUUCUAGAAAAAUUGAUGAAAAUUGUCAUGCUUUGUAUUUUAAUGCCCAAAUCUUGAAAUAUUGUACCACUUUGAUUUUAUCUGUCUGUUUUAUAUCGUCAAAUUCGAACUUAGCUACGAGACUGAAUUAUUGAGUUCUGUUUAUCUAUAUUUCUUGAUGUGUGUUUGAUUUCCACCUUACCAAUUUAAUAAUAGGUUUUUGAUAAACGUCGGGUCGCGAAACCGUUUGUCUGAACGACUGUUUAUUAUUUUCGGUGUCAUAUUGAGUGAUGUAGUAUUCAGAAUGAUGACUACAGGCCUAGAACUUAUUUCACGUCCAAUGAUUUGCAAUGGGACGAUGCCCAUACCCCAUAUAAAUAUAAUCCUGUUACGUCA